UUCUUCAUGGUUUUCUUUGUCGCUAAUAACUUGUCUGAGAAAAACAUGAAUCAUCAGCAAAGUCAAUCCACUUCAACUAAAAUAGAAAGAAGGCUCAUCGAAAAAAAUAGGAGAAAUCAAAUGAAAAUCCUCUACUCCAAGCUCAACGUUCUCCUCCCAAAUCAGAAUUCCAAGGAGGCACUGCCACUGCCGGAUCAAAUAGAUGAGGCAAUAAGCCACAUCAAAAGUCUAGAGACAAAGAUGAAGAAAUUCAAGGAGAAGAAGGAGAGCUUAAUGGGGAGAAAAAGAUCAUACGCAUGCACAAAUUUUGAAGCAACAUCAUCAGCAGCCAGAAUUAAAGCUCCCCAAAUCGAAAUUCGUGAAAUGGGUUCCUCUCUUGAGGUCGUUUUGACAACGGGAAAAGAUAAUCAGUUCAUCUUCAAUGAAAUUAUUCACAUUCUUCAUGAAGAACAAGCAGAGGUCCUUAGUGCCAGCUAUUCAGUUUCUGGGGACUCAAUUUACCAUAUAGUGCAUGCACAGAUUGCGGGAUCUUCAUUAGAUUUUGGAGUAACAAAAGUCACUGAAAGGCUGAAGAGUCUGAUAUAUGGAUCCACAAGCGACGUAGAAUUACAGUCAGAUCUGUGGGACUUUGAUUACGAUGUGCAGCCGGAUUCAUGGAAUUUCUAAAGACGAAGCAAUGUGAAUCGUUGAAAUUUUCAUGAUUUUUCAAAAUAAGGUAGAAAUUAAAGCUAAAAGCCUGUAAAUUUCAUGGUAGCCAUGUAUUCCUACGGAUGAUGACUAGUUUUAAUGA